AUGCCAAUGUUUCAGCCUUCGAAGAACGGUGGGUUGGACGGGCAUAUCUUAGAUCUACACACGGCGGUUAAAGACGGUGUUCUCGGUGGUUGCGGCGGCGGCGGAGAUGGGAAAAUUGUGGUGGUUGUUGACGACGAGAAGAAGCAAUUGGAUUUGAAGAAGAUGAUUUCCGAUCUCGAAUUACCUGAAAUACCCUCUGUUUUCAUCUGUCCCAUCUCUCUUGAGCCGAUGCAAGAUCCAGUCACCUUGUGUACUGGUCAAACUUACGAGAGGUCAAACAUUCUCAAAUGGUUCAAAUUAGGGCACUGUACUUGCCCUACGACGAUGCAAGAGCUUUGGGACGAUUUAGUCACUCCUAACAAGACGCUUCACCAGUUGAUCUACACUUGGUUUUCUCAAAAGUAUGUGUUGAUGAAGAAACGUUCCGAAGACGUGCAAGGACGAGCCAUUGAGAUUUUGGGCACGUUGAGAAAGGCUAAAGGGAAAGCAAAGGUUCAUGCUUUAAGCGAGCUUAAGCAAGUUGUGAUGGCUCACGCAGUCGCUAAGAAGACUGUUGUUGAUGAAGGUGGAGUCUUUGUCAUCUCUUCUCUUUUAAGUCCUUUUACUUCUCACGCUCUUGGAUCUGAGGCUAUUGCGAUUCUCGUUAAUCUUGAGCUUGAUUCUGAUUCCAAAGCUGGGUUGAUGCAACCAGCGAGGGUUUCUUUGAUGGUUGAUAUGUUGAGUGAUGGUUCUAUUGAAACCAAAAUCAACUGUGCUAGACUGAUUGGGAGGUUGGUGGAGGAGAAAAGUUUUAGAGCAGAGCUUGUUUCUAGUCACAGUUUACUUGUUGGGUUAAUGAGAUUGGUUAAAGAUAGGAGACGAAGAAACGGAGUUUCACCUGCGUUGACGUUGCUCAGAUCGGUUUCGGUUCAUAAACAAGUUAGGAACUUGAUGGUUAAGGUUGGAGCAGUUCCUCAGUUGGUUGAUGUAUUGCCAUGUUUAGAUCCUGAGAGUUUAGAAUCAGCUCUGUUCGUGUUGGAUUCGUUGUGUUUGGAAAGCGAAGGGAGGAUCGCUUUGAAAGAUUCGGUUAACACGAUUCCGAAUACAGUUAGGUUACUGAUGAGAGUAUCUGAGAAGUGCACAAACUACGCGAUUUCGAUCCUUUGGUCAGUUUGCAAAUUAGCUUCUGAAGAAUGUUCGUCUCUUGCUGUUGAAGUUGGUUUGGCUGCAAAGCUUCUGCUUGUGAUCCAAAAAUGUUCGUCUCUUGCUGUUGAAGUUGGUUUGGCUGCAAAGCUUCUGCUUGUGAUCCAAAGUGGAUGUGAUCCAGCUUUGAAGCAACGUUCCGCUGAGUUAUUGAAGCUAUGUAGUCUACACUUUUCAGACACAAUGUUUAUCUCCAAAUGUAAACUCACAAGAACAAUCCAAUAA